AUGCGGACACAUACUAUAAGCAAAGCGAACCAUGUCUGUCAUCGUAAGGCUGAUAAUGUGGGCCAGGAGUGUGCCUGUCCCAGCUUCAGAUUUCCGUUUCGCAAUUCGACAGUUGGAUGUGCGGGCGUCACUAUUAAUUUAGCAGCUGCAGAGUCCCUGAGUGAGGGAAGAACGCAGCCGCCAGCACCCACCCAGCCCCCCGUUAGGCCCCCGUCAGAUCUGUCUGUUCGGCAGAGGCGCGACGCCGCUUUCGCAGCGUCAGGGGCUGAGCGCCCGCCGCGCGACGAUGGAGGGUUAAUGCUGAGGACUGAAGUUGAAGAUGUUGAGUUCAUUUCUGUGCGGCGAAAGAUACCAACGGCUGCGAGUCGUGUCAUUGCUGGCUACCUUGAGAAUGGUACUAAACCUGUUUGUGCCCAUAAAACUCGUAUCCCCAUGAAGCCAGUUCCUUGCGCUAAAUAA